AUGAUAGCAGAAGACUUGCGUGUUCGUUCACGAGACUUGCUUGCUAAAGCUCUGAAUGAAGACAAUGCAGGCCGCAUGCCAGAUCGGCGAGUCAUCAAUCUCGCAACAGAACUAGAAGCUUCAAUCCAUUCAUUAGGCGAAUCCCAAUACAAGGAGUCUGUUCGAUCACGAGCCUACAAUCUCCGUCAGAAUGCUGACUUGCGAUACGCAUUUCUCAACUCGCAAAUAUCUGCUGCGAGAUUGGCACGAAUGAGCUCGGUGGAAUUGGCAAACAAGGAAGUCAAGCAAUUAUAUGACAAGAUUGAAGCUGAAGUGGCCAAAGAGGCUGAUAUAUCUGGACAGGGCCUGGAAGGUAUGACCGCAGAUGAAGGUGAACUCAGUUUGGGGCAUAAGCCGGCUAUGUUGCUCUGGAGUGGAGGUGAUGCGGAUGCUCGCAUUGGUUGA